UAAGUAAACAUUUCACUUCACCUUAAUUUUAUUAGCCCUUAAGUGAAGCAUAGCGACACGUUGGCCAAUGAAAAGAUACGUUUCGAAAGGGAUAUCAUUUUGACUUUAUAGUUGCGUCUGUCAUUACGUCGCUGUAUAUCUGACAGCCACUUCCGCUCUCGGCGAGCUAGCGAGCGCAGACCUCUCGGCGUCUCCUCCGUGUCAUGUAUGUGUGGCCGUUUAUGCCUCCUCCCGUCCUUCACUAGUUUGUUCUGCUUCCUCCCUCUGCUCCCCGUCACUAGCACCAGCGGCAGGAUGGCAGCAGCGGCCCCCAACCCGGAGGACUCCAGCAGGGGCGCCUGUAGCGGCUUCACCGGCGGCGCACCCAGCGCGCUGUCCGGAGACGGGGACGCGGAAGAGGCCGAGGACUUCAGCUCCUCGUCGCAUUGCUCGGAGUUGUCUCGGCGGCAGAACGAGCAGAGGAAGCAGGGCUUGUUCUGCGACGUGACUCUGGCGUUUAGUAGCGGGGCGGCAGCAGUGAGCGUCCAGACCUGCGAGUUCUCCGCCCACAGGUCGGUCCUUGCCGCGGCCACCGACUACUUCACGCCCCUGCUGGGUGGACAGUUCUCGGAGUCCCUGUCGGGACGAGUGGAGAUGAAGCAGUGGAGCUCGGAGCAGGGCCCGGAUCCGGACACGGUGGAGGGCGUCAUUCAGUACAUGUACACGGGAGAGAUCCGAGUCAGCACCUGCAAUGUGCAUGAAGUACUGGAGCUGGCUGACAGGUUCCUUCUUCUGCAGCUAAAAGAUUUCUGCGGUGAGUUUCUGAAGAAGAAGCUGAGCUUGACCAACUGUGUAGCCGUGCACAGUCUGGCCCACAUGUACACGCUGGACCAGCUUGCUCUGCGGGCGGCCGACAUGAUCCGCCGCAACUUCUACAAGGUGAUCCAGGACGAGGAGUUCUACACGUUGCCCUUCCACCUGGUCCGUGACUGGCUGUCUGACGCGGAGAUCACCGUGGAUUCUGAAGAGGUGUUGUUUGAAGCUGUGGUGAAGUGGGUGCAGAAGAACCCCGACGAGAGAAGCCAGUACUUUGAGGAGCUUUUCAGGCUCCUCAGGUUGCCUCAAAUCAAACCCACGUAUCUGACUAGGGUGGUGAAGAAUGAAGACCUGGUGGCGGCUAAUGAAGCAUGCCGCAGACUGGUUUUAGAGGCAGUGGAGGGCCACGCUAUACGCUUUGAGAACCUCAAGUCGGCGGACAUGGAGUUCUGGUCCUCCAACAUGGCCUCCUUUCAGCCUCGCUUUGGCCAAAAUAUGGACGUUAUCAUGGUUGUUGGCGGCGUGUCCGAGGGAGGAGACUACCUGAGUGAGUGUGUGGGUUACUUCAUCUAUGAGGACCGCUGGGUCAAUCUUCCUCACAUCCACAACCACCUGGAUGGGCAUGCUAUUGCCACCACAGAGUCCCAUGUCUAUGUAGCAGGUUCCAUGGAACCGGGCUUUGCUAAGACGGUGGAACGCUACAACCCUAACCGCAACACUUGGGAGCAAGUGAGCAACCUGACCACUCGCAAGCAUUCCUUCGGCCUCACCUGCAUCAAGGAUAUCUUGUACAGCAUCGGUGGCCACGGAAACUUCAGCCCAGGUUUCAAAGAUGUCAGCAUCUACGAGCCAGAGCAAGACAAGUGGCACAACCUGGAGUCUGCGCCCAAAAUCCUCCGCGACGUGAAGGCAGUCAGCGUGGAGGACCGCUUCGUGUACGUCACAGCACGCACCCCCGUAGACACGGAUAACGAAGACGGACUGAAGACGGUGACGACGCGCUACGACACGGAGAGUCGGCAGUGGCAAGACGUGGACUCUUUGCCUCUCAUCGACAACUACUGCAUCUUCCAGAUGGCAGUGGCGUCCACAAACUUCUACCACACUGCCUCCUGCUGCCCAAAGAGCUACAAUGUGCGCGAGGAGGCCGUCAGACAGAAGAUCAGCACGCGCAUCUCUGAUGAGAUCCUGGAAAGUCUGCCGCCGGAGGUCACGAGCAUCGAGGGCGCCGCCAUCUGCCACUUUGAUGAUGACGUCUUCAUUAUCGGAGGCUGGAAAAACAGCGAUGACGUCGACAAGCAGUAUCGCAAGGAGGCGUACCGAUACUGCGCCGAGAGGAAGCGCUGGAUGCUGCUGCCGCCCAUGCCGCAGCCGCGCUGCAGAGCCACGGCGUGCCACGUUCGCAUCCCCUACCGAUUCCUCUACGGAUGCCAGCGCUACCCCAUGCCCCAAAACCUGGCCCGCCAGCGGGAUCGAAUGCAGCAGAUGCAGCAGCUCCACCGACGCACGCUCACCCUGCGCCGGCAGCUUCAGUCUCAGAUCGAGUGCUGAGUCAGCACGUGCAUCAUCCAUCCAAAGCUCUGCCACAGUCGACAACCUCAACAUAGCCACCUUGUUGAUACCGAUAUCUCAUCGUUGUUCAUGGAAGCUGCCGGUUGGUUUUCAACAUGAAUUGCAAGGGUGACAAGCUUGGGGUCUUGUUUGAAUGUAAACAUGUGAAUAAGAGGGAUGUAUGAGGGCCAAGGGUUGAAAACACAUUCCAGAUUGAAGUGUUUGUACAUAGAUAGCAUUAAUCUGUACAUUUGUACAAGUAUAUCGCAUUCCUGUUUUCAUUCUUUGUUACUGUGAAUGCUACGUGUAAUUUAGAUCUGCAUUUCGACAUUCAUUCCCACUCGCUUGUUGACUCUGCAUUCCAUUGUGACACUGUGACAAUCUCUUAAAACGGAUGCGGUAACAGUUAGUGGAGCUCUUCAUUUUGCUUGUCGUUCUGCAGCACAGAAUGAAGCUGUCGGUCUUUAACAGGAGGAUAGCUUGGCUUCACAUCGACAUUUCAGCUGGAACAAGUCCUCCAUCGCACAACUCGGAGGUCAAAAAUAGAAGUGUAAUUCUACUUGUGUGCAUUUUGAAACCUUUCUUCCAGCAGGUGGGACGCUCUAUUGGGCCAGUGUGUACUAUUACCAGCAGGCUAUCAUUCCUUUUAUUUGCACUUUGGCAGACAAUGGUGUAUAGCAAUGUAAUGUAUGUAAGAAAAGAAGUCUGUGUGUAGCGUGUGUGUAUGUUUGCUUACAGUUCUGUUGUUGAUUCAGACCAGCACUUUCUUUGUCUUACAAAGGUUUACCGACUUCAGUUGCCGCUGCACUUUGACCUCGCUUAUCUUACUCCUAUAACUGUGAUUGUAUUUUUUUAAGCUGUUGCUCCCCACUCAAUACAUCUGGCGUUUAAAGAUAUGUCACCAUGUAAAUUUAUGUGUCAUAAUACACAACCUUCCAAAGAAAGUAUCAGUUAGGAGGAAAGGAACGAAGGUGUACUGGCGGUUGGAAUAAAUAUCCUGCUCUUAAAUAAUGCCUGUGUAUUCAACAGUAUCAAGGAGGAGCGGUGUCUUGUCGUGAUUCGCAUGUUCAUCAUUGUGUUCUGACAGUGGCUGUUACAUGCUGAUGACAUAACAUGCAAUUAAAGCUGUUUUGUAAGGUG